CGCCCUUGCGCUGCACUGUGGGCUUGCAACUCAUGCAGCGCUGGCGGAGGACCACGAUGGAGAUGGCAGAGGAAGGCUCCUGCACCUACGUGGUGCGCCGCCUGCCCUGGGAGUUCAUCCUGCGGGCUGUGUUUGCGCUGCUUCUCUUCGGCACGGUGGUGGUAUGCUUUAUCCUCUGCAACCAGCAUCCCGCACAGCAACACCGGCUCGAGUCUCCUGGGUGGGACGUAGCUGAGCUCCAGCUGAACCACACAGGACCUCGGCAGGACCCCAGGCUGCACUGGCAGGGGGGCCCAGAACUGGGUCGCUCUUUCCUGCAUGGACCACAGCUGGACAAAGGGCAGCUCCGUGUGCAGCAUGACGGCAUCUAUAGGCUGCACAUCCAGGUGACACUAGCCAACUGCUCCUCCUCCCUGAAGAACACCAUGCUGCACAGGGCCACCCUGGCUGUGGGCAUCUGCUCCCCCACCACCCGAAGCAUUAGCCUGCUGAGACUCAACUUCUACUUCAGCUGCGCUGUCGCCUCUCAGCGUCUGACGCCUUUGGCCCGUGGGGACACUCUCUGCACUAACCUCACUUUGCCACUGCUGCCAUCCCAAAAUGCUGAUGAGACAUUUUUUGGGGUUCAGUGGGUGCACCCCUAAGCAUUGCACUUCUUUGUCCCAGAUUUGUUGGGACACAGUAUAUU